AAAAGUCCCAAGCUAGCACCAACUAUUUUGAUGCCGGUUCUUGUAUUAUUUACAUUUAACAUUUACCAAUGCGCUCUUGCAGUUCUUACAUAGAACACCGUUAUCGAUAAUAAAGAAUGUGUAGUGGAUAUCUGGAGCAGUACGAACGAUCAAAAUCUCCACGAUUAUGAAAUUGUCGAGGCGGUUCUCGUGUACCAAUUUGUCGGUGAUUGUAAUUAUUUCAUUUGUAACAGGUGUUGUGGGCCAAGAAAAAAUUUCGAUUGCUUUUGAUUUAGAUAAUAAACUAGACGGAGACUUACCAUCUGAUGUCAAAGUUCAGAAAACAACCAGUACACCUAAAUACGAGCAAACGUCCAAACAGUCUUCGAAAGUACUUGAAAAAUACGUCUGCCCUGGAAAUGAAGUGUCUCGACCCUUCUUCGCACUGCCAUGCUCAAUAAAUAAAGACUGCUCUAUAUUUGGAAAGAGCAUCUUGUGCUGUGACAAAAAAUGUACACAAGGUGUUAAACCUCCUAAACCGGUGACAACACAUUCACCUACUCUGUUUGGUUUUGUUCAACAAACGUGUCCAAGUGAACCGCUUGCCGAAAUAUGGGAAAUCAAACAAUGCAUAACCGAUAAAGAAUGUGAACCUAGAAUUUGCUGUCCGGAAGCAAUAAAAUCAGGAGAAAAUAUUAGUUACUGCAGAACCGCGCAACCUCUAUGGGAAAAAAUACCAGCACCCAAACAGUUCGUGGACCCCAUUCGCACUCUAGUUGGAUAUAUGCAGUGUACGCCACCACCUCCACCUUUGUUGGACCUUUUUCCAAAACCUUGCGAAACUCCACUGGAUUGUUUUCCAAAUUUGUGUUGCCAAGAAGGAGGAAAGAGAUACUGCAGACCUCCCAAGAGAUCGUUGUUGACACUCAUUGCAGGAAUUGGUCAGAGAAUAAUUCCCACUGAUGCCGCAAAGGAGUUUAUCAAGAGAAUAUCGUAGAUUUUUCAAUAAAAAUUGAAGAGUUUUUCUAGUCUUACGAUACCACCAGCCGUGUGAACAAGACAA